CGGAAACUCCAGCGCGCUACCUGCGAGCAUACGAGGGAAGUCCGAAUGGCCGAGCUCACGUGCACUGCCGACCUUACUUUAAAUCAUCGAGGUGACAGCCUGCAACAACCGAUCUUGGAGCCGAGCCCAUUCGUCAGGCCAGCACAGAACUCGAAUAUUUACCUACCCAAUGUCUGGGCGAUUUGCGUCAUUUACUCCCCGUUUGACCUCGCAGCUCUUGUGUCGACGGGCGCCAUUACAGUUACGAUCCACACCCCUCAGAUCCGCCAUGUCUACUACAUCUACGACCCCAAGCCAAAAAGCAGGAGAGGGCGACUGGUCCCCAGACCAGUACCUGCUCUUCCGCGAUGCCCGCAACCGCCCGGUCCAGGACCUAAUAACCUUCCUCGGGCCGGACUACUCACCAAAGCGCAUCGUCGACCUCGGCUGCGGGCCGGGCAACAGCACCGAGCUGCUUGCGGCGCGCUACCCGUCCGCCCACAUCUCGGGCGUCGACUCGUCGCCCGCCAUGGUCGCCAAAGCGCGCGCCACGCUCCCUAGCAUCGCCUUCUCGGAGGCCGACCUGCGCACGUACACGCCCGAGCCCGGCACGGACCUGCUCUUCGCCAACGCCGUCUUCCAAUGGCUGCGCCGCAGCGAGCGCAUCCCGACCAUCACGCGCCUGCUGCUCACGCAGCAGCCCGGCCGCGGCGUGCUCGCGCUGCAGAUGCCCGACAACUACGACGAGCCGUCGCACCGCGCCAUGCGCGAGGCGGCCGCCGCGCCGGGGCCGUGGACGCCCUACUUCGCCCGCUUCUCGCGCGACAGCGACAGCGGCAGCGGCAACGACAGCGGCACGCCGGACCGCGACCCGCUCGAGACGCCGCUCGAGUACUACAACGCGCUGCGGCCGCACUGCCGCGCCGUCGAGACGUGGACCACGCGCUACGUCCACGUGCUGGCCGGCCACGAGCAGAUCGUCGAGUGGGUGCGCGGCACCGGCCUGCAGCCCUUCUUGCAUGCGCUGCCGGCCGAGGGCGGCGUCCGCGAGGCGUUCGUCGCCGAGUACCGCCGCCGGCUGGAGCGCGAGUACCCGUUGGCGGUCGACGGCAGCGUGUUGCUGGAGUACCCCAGGCGGUUUGUGGUGGCGUUUCGGUGAGAUGGAAGAGGGCGGGAGAGUCCAAAUGGGGGUCGGGGAGGGUAGUGGAGUGUGCGGGGUUGCGAUUUGCAAGAAAAUUGAUUUCGGCGGAGCGAGGGAUGCCUGACAGCUGGAGCCAGACAGGCGGAGGCAGGGGUCCUGCAAAGGCCCUGCAUGUGCGCAGCAAGGUGCCUCACUGAAUGUAUUGUACAUACGGAAUUACAGUACCUACGUAUGGUACACAUUAAAUUCAUACAUCACCGAUACUUGACUGUGGUUCAAGCCCUUCAGUGCGCG